CUUCUACUUCAAUCUGAUCACCUGGUGACGCUGAACACUUACUUGGGCAGCUACCCUACCUACAGCACCCAGGCAUUAAUUGAUCGAUUGCAUCCUACUUUGAACUUACCCACCCCAAACAAUAUCGGCACGCCGGAGCUUUUAUAAGCCAUCGAAUCUCUCCACCGACACCCCGCGACCAUCGCAACCCGUGCUCUGUCGCUCGCCCGUCUGCCCCGACAACAACACGGCGCACCCAUCAGUCACAUCAUUUGUGACCUGACCCUCGACUACUUCGAUCUCCGGCCGGAUACUCUAAAGCACCCGCAAACGAACGCCGUAUCUCUUGUUGCCUCUGGCCAUGCUUGAGGAUUUUCUGCUGGUCUGACGACCCAGAGCAACACCACCACCCUGAAGCAACAGCCAUGUCGUUGAUUCCAUACCACCCGCGAGAAGGUCGCGAGAUAGUCCUCCGCCAUCGUAACGCCAUCGUCGUCCGCGAUCCCUCCUCCCAACGACUCGAGAUUCGAGGCCUGUCCGAGUGUCCGACUUGCCGCCAGCCUUUGCGAUCAUCCUCCCCAGAGCGCCAGUUUGACAGCACUCGCCAUCAUGAGUCUUUCGUCGACCCCAAUUACUUCCGCAUGCUGCGAGCCGGCGGCCACGGUGCUCGCGUCGAUCACCCUCCGUCCAGUCCCAUCCGCCGAUUUGUACAACCAAGCUUACCCCAUCCGCAAGCUGCGGUCAUAGACGAGACCGAGGAUGCCGAGUUUAUUUCGAGCACGCCAGCCGUUCAGGAGGGUAGCCGCAUUCGCCGUGAGGCCUUCAGCCCCAAUUACUUCAAAACUUUCUUUGUCGAGGAGAAGGAGCUUGGCCGUGGGGGUAAGGGCGUGGUGCUGCUCGUCCGCCAUGAAAUUGACGGCUGCCAUCUCGGUCACUUUGCAUGUAAGCGAGUGCCCGUUGGCGACGAUCAUGCAUGGCUCGAAAAAGUGCUCGUCGAAGUUGAGUUGCUCGCCAAGCUAUCACAUCCGAACCUGGUCUCUUACCGCCACGUUUGGCUUGAAGAUGUCACAUUGACUCGGUUCGGCCCCAGUGUAGCAUGCGCCUUCAUCCUGCAACAAUAUUGUAAUGGCGGCGAUUUGCUUCAGUACAUCAUUGGCGACCAACCGAAGGAGUCCACCAAGGAGCAGCUUAAAGCGCAGAUGCGCCGCAAGUCCAAGGGUCAGCUCGAACUUCCCCGCGACCAGUUCAAUUCACAAAGACUGUUGUCUUUUGAGGAAAUAUUCUCCCUCUUCAAAGACAUCACCUCUGGACUGGCGUAUCUUCACGCUGCCAGCUAUAUUCACCGUGACCUCAAGCCAAGCAAUUGUCUUCUACAUCGUGAAGGCAACGGGCUGCUCUGUAUGAUCAGUGACUUCGGCGAGGUUCAGUCGGAGAACAUGGUCCGCAAGUCAACUGGAUCGACCGGAACAAUCUCCUACUGCGCCCCAGAGGUUUUGAAGAAAGACUCAACUGGGCGCUACGCCAACUUCACCACAAAGUCCGAUAUUUUCUCUCUCGGAAUGAUUCUCUACUUUAUGUGCUUUGGUCGUUUGCCUUAUCGUAGCGCCAAUACGAUCAACGAGGAACUAGAGGACAUCGAUGAGUUGCGCGCGGAAAUCACAGACUGGCAGGGAUUCCAAGACGAGCGUAGAGAGCGGCCAGACCUCCCAUCAAAGCUGUACCAGCUUCUCAAAAAGUUACUUGCCCUCGACCCUUUGCAACGCCCAAGCGCAAGCGAGGUUCUGGGCGCAAUGAAGACAGAGUCUAGUGUGGAUGGUAUCCCUCGAGGUAGGAGCUCAAGCCCGUCAAUGGGUAUCAAUGGGCGCCGGAUUCAGAGUCUGGACUCCCCAAUGCCCCCAAGCACCCCCGUGUCAGAUCCCCAUAAGCAAGCGAGGUAUCCAUCGUCUCAAGAAGGUUACAACAUUCCUAGUAGGGCAGCUGAUGCCGAUUCUUCACGAGCCGGCUCUCAGAAACAGUCGGACUCUGGCUCACCGAGGCUUCGACCUCAGGCCCAGGCAAUGGUUUCCUCGCGCAGUCAAGACAGUUUCAUCCGUCUAUCCCCCGAACGGGAAGAGAGCGUGGAUUCCAGCAAAGACGAGCCCCUGAACUCGCCGCCCCUGUUGAUGCCGCCUCCCGCCACGCCUUUCGAAGCCUUGCGGCACAAGCUCAUGAUAGGAAGAAUGCGAGCUAGUCAGAUCGUGCGCUACAACGCCAAUCCUCUCCUCGCAGUCCUCCGGCUCGGCUUUUUCCUGAGCAAGAUGCUCAGUUUGACGCGCCCUUGUUGGCCAUUCAUGGUUAGUCCAAACAUUGCAGCACCUCUGGUGAUGCUGGCUGCGCUCGACCUUGGCCUUGCCAGCGCCGGUACGAGGCCGCUCACUCCAUAUGGGCGGGAGACAAGUAGACGUAUGCCCAAUGGUCUACCCUGGGCCUGGGGCCUGCGAGGGAGUGUCGUUCUGGUCGUUCUGCACCUGAUUGUUCUCUGGUUUGGCCGUCACUGGAACUCUCUGUGCACAAGGGGACCCAACACAUGGCAUCUGUCAUGAUUUAAGUUCAUAAGAUCGGAUGCAUUGGCAAGAUUUUGAGAAGUUCGAACACGAACCACAAGGCGACUCCUACAUUGACUGAACAUGCCACCGACUUUAAGCACCCGGUUGGAUCCCAAUUGUCUUCAGGGAUGGCCGAUGAGUGUCGGUCACAAAAACGUGUGAUGGAUGGCAUUAUGAACGUUGCUUUACGUCUCGGGCGGGUUUCUAUUCUAGUAGCAUUAGCUAACGAUUCUGCUUUCAUCGGCCGACCCCCUUAUCUAAGGGUGCAUUCGGCUGGGUAUUAUUCAAUCUGCAGGUCGUGUCAGGUAGGCAGUAGGGCUGUAGCAUUCUCCGGUUUCAAUGUGCCGUCCUGCCCGGGGAUCAAUGGAGCUGUGUUCUGCGGCUAUGAGAUGACCGUCACGCGUAGUAGUAAUCAGACGCUGUCCUGGUCCGAAUCUGAGGCCGUGUGUUCUUCUCCGCGAUCAUCCCGCUUCACCCCGCAAAGGACGCGCGCGAUUUUUCCACCGAUACAGCCUAGCUCAUACCAAUGGAGGCUUAUGACAGUAGAUUGGUCGUCCGCAAGCAGGAUCGGAGAACGGCAGAUAUCACUGUCUCAUCCCAUAAUGUUCCAUUACAUUCCGCC